UCUGUUCCUCUCCGCCGACUUUGGUCCAGCCGCUUCGACUCAUUCCCUCGCCGCUGCCAAGCCAGCCCCAAUCCCGACCCGUUGAUUCUGACGACAUCCGUCCAGCGCAUCGCCCGCUCAUGUCGGAUUCAACUCUCGAGCCAUCGUCCGUGAGCGCCGCGGCCGCGUCCCCGGCCUCAGCCCCAGAGAGCCGCCCCAAGCGAUUCCUCAACCUCUUCACGGUGCACUCGGCCGUCUCGGUCCUCAACUUCCUGACCUACCUCGUGGCCUCCAUUCUGUCGAUUGCCCUCUUUGUCUUCCUCAACUCGUCCCAAGGCUUUGUGCUUGGCCAGAUCAUCAACCUGCCCACGUCCCAGCUCGGCUCGGCCACGGGCUCGCUCACCUUCUACGAUGAGCUGCUCACCAUUCCCAUGGUCUGGGUCUGGGGCGUUGCCUCGGAUCGAGUUGGUCGUGCGUGGGUCUAUGGCCUGGGCUUCCUGUUCAUGGGCCUGGCUCUGGUCCUCUACACGUAUGCCCAGAACGUCUUCCCGGCGCUGCUUCUCUUCCGCCUGAUCUUCUCGCUGGGCGCCGCUGCUGCCUCGUCGAUGCUAACCGCCGUGCUGGCCGACUAUGCCGAUGACCAAGACCGCGGCAAGAUUGCUGGUCUCGUCGGCGCCAUGUCCGGCGUUGGUGCUCUCGUCGCGCUCUUUGGCUUCCUGCGCAUCCCGACGCUCUUCCCGGACCCGCUCCAGGGCCUGCGAAUCACCCACUUUAUUGUCGGCGGAUUCUCAAUCGUCUUUGGCCUGUUUGCCAUGUACGCCCUCCGCAUCAAGCGCCGUGACACCAAGCCUCUCGUCAGCGUCGGCACCCUGGACCAGGCUCUUCCGGCCGACCACCCCCCAGUCCACGAUCCUUCCGCAAGCUGCCCCGUUGUUCCCCAUGACUCGACUCCUUCCCGUGCCAAAACUGCUGCCGAUCUGAUGCGCACCUCGCUUGCCGGCUUCCGCGCCGCUGCGGACGGCAAGGUUCUGUUGGGCUACAUCGGCGGCUUCCUGGCUCGCGGCGAUACCAUCAUCAUCACCAUCUUCCUCCCCCUCUGGAUCUACAAAUACUACAUCAAGACCGGCCUCUGCCCGGGCGAGAGCGACUACAACGAUCCCAACAUUGAUGUCAACUGCCGACAAGCCUACCUCACGGCCUCGGUCCUUGGCGGAGUCGCCCAAACGCUGGCCCUGAUCGGCGCGCCAAUCUUUGGCUGGCUCUCGGACCGCCUCUACCGCCCGAUUGUCACCAUGAUUGCCUCCGUCAUUGGCUUUGCCGGGUACUUUGCCAUGUUCCUCACGACCAACCCGACCUCCUCGGCCAUGUACGGCGUCGUCUGUCUCGUUGGCCUGGGCGAGAUCGGAAUGAUUGUCAGCUCCCUGUCGCUCGUUACCUCCAAGGCCGUGCCGCACUCGGUGCGUGGCUCUGUUGCGGGCAUGUACUCGCUCUUUGGCGCCGUCGGCAUCCUGAUCAACUCCAAGCUUGGCGGCUAUCUCUUUGAUGCCUGGACCGAAGGCUCUCCCUUCUUUGUGAUGUCCAUUGGCCACGCCAUCAGCUUCGUUGUCGCCAUUGUGGUCAUCUUUUCGGAUAUCCGCCAGCUCCGUAAGCAGAACUCGCUGCAGAGCGCAGACUCGGAGUCGGCUCUGAUCAACGCAGAGAGCCCUUCCCGCAAGGAGGGGCUCCUGUCCAGGUUGAAGCGACGACAGAACGAGCAGGCCGAGCUGUCCAUCUACAGCUGAGCGGCGAACGGCCCCGUUCCGUUUGCACGCUGCCGUUACCUCGAGCCCUGGCUGCUCACUUUUCUUUCUUGUGAUCUUGACUGGUCUUUGUUUUGCCUCGCCAUUGUUUCUCCAG